UCACAAGAUACCCUACAACCAUAGCAACUACCCCUCAACUCACAAACCUCAAAUCACUGACACUGGCAACCAUCAAAAUGCGCAUCGCAAACGUCCCCUUCGCCGUCAUGGCCCUGUCCUCCCUCGCCAUGGCUGCUCCCCAUCGCAGAGACAACGAGUCCGCCACGGGUCUCAGUCUAACUGCUCAGCUUCAAAUCGCAGACAGCGGCGCAGCCCGAUACCGUCUCCUCCCCAAGGACGAAGACUUCAUCUACGACUUCAACAAAUCCCAAGUCGCCCUCGCCAACCGCCAAACCUUCCCCGCCGUAACCGGCCUUGGCGGCAGCAUGGCCGUCGCUUCCUUGCCCGCCUGCGCAAUGUCCUUCCUCCACCUCCACCCCCGCGCCUCCGAACUCCUCGUCGUAACCUCAGGCCGCGUCAUCACCGAGAUGGUCCCCGAAGCAGGCGUCCUCGACGCAGACGGCAAACAGCGCGUCAUCCGCGCCGACCUGGGUCCCAACCAGAUGACCGUCUUCCCCCAGGGCUCCUUUCACACCCAGGUGAAUCCCGAGUGCACACCCGCCUCGGCCGUCGUGUCUUUCACCUCGGACGAGGGUGGCACUGCCAUGGUUGCGGCGCAGCUGUUUGCGUUGAGCGACGAUGUCAUUGAGACUUCGUUUGGGUCGAGCAUUGCUGGGGAGGAUAUUGAUCGUGUUCGUCAGGCGAUUCCGAAGAAUCUUGUGCUCAAGGUUGAGGAGUGUUUGAAGAAGUGUGGGCUUGAGAAGCGGGCUGUUUAGACUGGGGAUUCGGACUAGGUGUGGCCUUGACGCCAUGGUGUCGCCGGAGUGGUACAGUUUGGGAGACUUUCCUCGAGAUUUUCUCCCUCCUUUCUUUUUGUCCUUGAUGAGGGGCGCGGAUCAUUCGUUGGCAGUUCCUCUUCUCUCACUAUUUGUCUCGUCUUGAUUUCAGAACAUCCUUAGUAACUCUUCUUCUUUCACUCAUUCAACAUACACUUAUGGUUAGAUAGCUAUCAUAUAACCCGCAUGCAACUAAACAUCAAGAAAGCUUCGCAGUGUGGUGAUUUGUCUUAGCCUACAUAUCAAAUCGACUUCUGUGUUUCUUGGGUUGAAG